AUGAAUUCCGUGACAGAGCCUGAACUAGUCGGUAGCUUAAAAUCUAGAGACAAAGGUAGACCCACACGUCCGAUUGAAAUUCCAGUGGAAAUGUGGCCGCCCCAGGCGAUCGAGUUGCUCUUCUUCGCGAUCUUCGGCCAGACGACUCACGAUGGCUUCAGGAUCGUCCCAAGGGAUAAACAGGCGCCCUGGACCAUAGGAAUGUUCAAGUUGGCUUUCGCCAUAUACAUGUUGGUCUCGGUAGUCGUGCUCAUCAAUCUACUCAUCGCCAUGAUGAGCGACACCUAUCAGAGGAUCCAGGCCCAGUCGGACAUCGAGUGGAAGUACGGACUGAGCAAACUCAUCAGGAAUAUGCACAGAACGACAACAGCGCCAUCACCGCUCAACCUGAUCACCUCCUGGCUGACCUACCUCUUCCGUCUCUGCAAGAAGCGCAAACAGAAGAAGGACCGACCAUCCCUCGUCAACAUGAUGGGUCUCCGUCAAGGCGGUCGACUCUCCGCUCGAUCGAAAGCCGGCACCAAGUGGCUCUCGAAGGUCAAGAAAACCUCCCAGGUCGCUCACAAGGAUAGCGUGACCUUAUCGGUCAUGCACCUGAGUCCACUGGGUAGCCAACUGUCUUUCGGCAACGCCACGAGGAUCGAGAGCGUCGUCGACUGGGACGUGGUCAGACGAAAGUAUCGCGAGCUUCAGGGCGAGGUAUCCGACAAAUCAGGGAUGGACAGCAAGGACGAUUCCGAGUCGGACUCGCAGCUGAUGCCGGUUGACGAUGCGUCGCCGAGCCUCGUCGGGAGCCAAGCGACCCUCAUCGCCUCGACGUCUUAA